CGUUGACCACGGAAGUGGUGGGGUGUGGGGAAAACACCUUUAUUAUUCAUGAUGAUCAAGCUUCGGAUGUCUCCCUGAGAUUCGGAUCCAGGCACAUCUUAGACUAUUUAUAUCUGUCAGGGAUCCCCCGAACCGUCCAAUCUCUUCCCCGCUAUUCUGCAAUCCCGAUAAACCUGCGCACCAUCGCCAACCUCCACUCACAAUGGACGCCUUCGAAUACAAUUCCAACCCCGGCCGUGUCAUUUUCGGCAGCGGCACGCUCCAGAAGCUCCCUGAUGAGGUCGCCCGUCUCAACGUGAAGGCCCCGUUGGUGCUUUCGACCCCCCACCAAGUCAGCCAGGCCGAGAGCGUCAAGGCCGUCCUCAACGGCCAGGUCGCCGGCAUCUUCACCGAGGCCACCAUGCACACCCCGACCCACAUCACCGACAAGGCACUGGAAUACGCGAGCGCGCAGGGCGCGGAUGCGGUCAUCUCCGUGGGCGGCGGUAGCACCAUCGGCCUCGGCAAGGCCAUCAGCAUCCGCACCGGACUGCCGCACAUCUGUAUUCCGACGACCUACGCGGGCAGUGAGAUGACCCCGAUCCUGGGUGAAACCGCCGACGGGCUGAAGAAGACGCGCUCCGAUCCCAAGAUCCUGCCGGGCACGGUCAUCUACGACGUCGACCUGACCAUGACGCUGCCUGCCGCCAUGAGUGCUACGAGUGGUGUGAAUGCCAUUGCGCACGCUGUGGAGGCGCUCUACGCGCGGAACACCAACCCCGUCAUCAACCUGAUGGCCCUGGAGGGCACGCGGGCGCUGGCCUCGGCCCUGCCGGAGAUCGUGGAGAACCCCAGCUCCCCCUCGGCGCGCUCGUCCGCCCUCUACGGCGCCUGGCUGUGCGGCACGUGCCUGGGCAGUGUGGGCAUGUCCAUCCAUCACAAACUCUGCCAUACCCUGGGCGGGAGCUUCAACCUGCCCCAUGCGGAAACCCACACCGCGGUGCUACCGCACGCCAUCUCCUACAAUGCGCCCAAGAUCCCCGAGGCCAUGAAGAAGCUGGCCGAGGCCCUGCCGGAAAGCAACGGGGACGCCAUCCACGGCUUGAAUGUGUUGCUGUCUAAGCUCAAGGUCAAGCGCGGCCUCAAGGACUUCGGGAUGAAGGAGGAGGAUAUCGACAAGGCCGCCGACAUCGCGGUCAGCAACCCGUACUGGAACCCGCGCGAGAUCGAGCGCGAGCCGAUUCGGGAGCUGAUCCGGCGUGUGUGGGCUGGCGAGCCGGCCCGGGCGGAUUUGUAG